AUGCACAUGGCUGGCGACGUAGCGGGAGCUGCGCAAACUGCGCACUGCCUGCUAUUCACAUUGCCAGAUGAGCUGCUCCUCGACAUCGCUCACUGCCUGUCGACACUGGAUCAGUGCGAGUUAUCACCCGUUUCGAAGCAAAUUGGAACAAUUGCGCAGGAGGCCGCGUACUGCGCACCGAGCAUACCUUACCGUAGGUCAUCCCCUUCGCGGAUCGCAAUGCUGGCGGAAGUACUGGCCCGUAAUGCUCACCUAGCCUGCAAAGUCCAGGAACUCGACCUGAAGCCCCACACCAGCCACGUCAGUGUCGAAACGACUCUCUUCUGUCCAUGGGAUGACACGGUUGCAGAGUCCAUGCAGCAUCUCACGGUCUUCAUGAAAGAGUCGGAAAUUGUGGGUUACAUUCUGAAGCACGUUCCUAACCUUCGGCACCUGCUGUUGGACGUGAGAGACGAAGAGGCUGCGAGCUUUUCUUCGGAUCGCACGCAUGAGCAUCUGCUUGGCUACGACCACGGACAAGAACCAUACGGAGGAGCAGCAAUGUCGAAUGUUGUAGGACUCUUCCCGCCGCGAGCGACAUGCCGGGUCAAAACAUUGUCCAUGGAAAGAUGCACUCGUUUACUCAAUACACAAACGGAGGCAUCGGACGAGCUAGUCGCUUUCAUCCGUCGUCUACCAGAGCUUGAGGAACUUGUCGUUUCAUUCUGCAACUCGGAAAUCGACGCAAGCACUGGAGAUUCCUACGUAGUGCUGAAACCGGGAACACUGGGAUCGCUGGAUUCACGACUGUUGUAUCUGCACCCUUUGGCCUCGACACUGAAAUACCUCAUUCUAUCUGCUUGUAACCAUAAUGAUGCGUCAUUUCUCGAAUUCAUUUCACCCAUGGGACCGUCGCUCCUUCGGUUUCAAGACCUGCGCAAGCUCCAGGUCGAACAUGAUAUGAUUGUUAGAUCGGAUGGCAAUUCCAUUGAGCAAAUGUUACCUCCUAGCCUUGAAAAUCUGACUAUAUUCGCUCCGCGUCUCAGUGUCGUUCCCUACCUAAAAGGAUUGUUGCCACUGAAAUGUCAUUUCACAAAGAGCAUCACUGUCGAGCUCUGCCAGUUGUUUGAGGUGGGAAUCCUGGUCUGGGUAUUCUGGGAUCCAAAAGAUUAUCGUGAUGAUUGGAACGAUCCCGAUUACGACCCGUUCAUCUUCGAAAUCAUCGAGUUCCUCGCUGGAUUGAGUUUGUGCGGCACGUUAGGUCAAGAUAUGGAGGCGCGUGAAUUGCUCUGA